CUGAUAGUCAUAGCCGACUUAAACAUCAGAACCGUUUCCUCACAAUCGGCUUGGGUCGCUGUGGCUCAGGUUCCGCUAAUAAUAGCACUGGUAGGAAAGAACAAUCUUAUUUCUUUUCUUAUCGGUGUCUCACAUGAAAAGCUCAAUUACCUACAUCGUGCUGCUGGUCGAGUUUGCUUGGUUGGCGUGUGGAUACAUUUCGGCUGCAUGCUGUCCAUGCACCAUGGCAUCACAAAGGGCACAGUCGGGGUGGCAUCUUUCACCUUGAUGACCGUUUUGUCCAUUCGUACAAUCCGACACAGGCUAUACGAAUUCUUCCUCGUUGCGCACAUCUGUCUCGCUGUCUUAACACUGGCAGCAUUUAUCAAACAUUGGUCUGCCAUGGGACCCUGGAUCUACCCUGGUUUUGGCCUUUGGGCGGCGGAUCGAAUACUUCGCGUGGUCCGGUUGUUCGUUUUAAACAAACUAUGGGUAGUCAUGCCAUCCCCUACUGGCGCCAACAUCCCAUCUCGAGCUACACUUACUCUUCUCACCCCAUCAACAGUUAUGGUCUCUUUUCAAACUCCUUCUCGACUGCUCACUUGGGCCGCUGGACAACAUUUCUUCGUUGUCAUGCCUGGAAUGACAAGAUUUCCCUGGGAAGCACAUCCUUUCACCGCCGCUACCCUUCCCGCUCGACCAGGCCAGGGGACAGGAAAGGGGGAGUUGACUUUCAUCGUACGUGUCAGAGAUGGUUUCACAAAGAGGAUGAAAGAUCAUGUGGAUGAAGAGAGAAAAGCGAGAGGCUUAGGACCGGAUGUUCAGGUUAGCGUGGAUAUACCUGCCGCGGUGGAAGGACCGUAUGGCGAGUCGAGGAGUUUGGAUCGAUAUGAUGGGGUUUUGAUUCUCACUGGAGGAUCAGGUAUAUCUUAUGGAAUCGCACAUCUUAUGCAGAUUGUACGAGAUGCAAGGGAGGGAAAGACAAGAGUCAAAUUUGUCCGGAUAAUAUGGAUGGUCAAAACGCGAUGUGAGUUUUCUCCUCCCUCUCUUUGUCAAACUUAA